CAUUGACCGGUUCUCGUACUGGUCUCAAAGUCCAACUAAUGCAGGUGAGAUCAUUUUAAAUUACUCUUUUUAGUGUGGGAUGCGCCAGUGGUGCUUUGACAGAGACCGCAACCUCGACUUAAGUUGAAACAACAAGACAACUGAACAAGACUUUGGUCGUAGUGACGUGCAGGUUUGCUAGUAAAGUCCGUAAUAAUGAAGAGCUCCAAGGAAGCCGUACAGUCAGCAGCUAAAGAGUUUUUACAGUUUGUCAACAAAGGCGUGUCUCCAUAUCACGUGGUGGAAGAAUGCCGGAAGCGUCUGCUGGAGGCGGGAUUUGUCGAACUGAAGGAGAAGGACAAGUGGGACAUCCAGCCGUCCAACAAAUACUUUGUGACCCGGAACUUCUCCAGUGUCAUAGCCUUUGCAGUCGGGGGGUGUUACUCGCCUGGAAAUGGCUUCUCCAUGAUUGGAGCCCACACAGACAGCCCCUGUCUCAGAGUGAAGCCAAGGUCCAAGAGGACAAAGCAAGGCUGUCUUCAGGUGGGCGUGGAGUGCUACGGCGGAGGCAUCUGGAACACCUGGUUUGACCGUGACCUGACCAUUGCAGGCCGUGUCAUUGUUAAGGGAGAUGGCAGACUGCUCCAUCGGCUGGUGCACGUCCCACGACCUCUGCUCAGGAUUCCUCACCUGGCCAUUCACCUACAAAGGGACAUUAACGACUCUUUUGGCCCCAACAAGGAGAACCACCUUGUGCCCAUUCUUGCCACCGCCAUCCAGGAAGAGCUGGAGACAGGCAGUGCAUCAUCAGGGGACGCCGUCAGCGCUGCCAGCACGGCAGACAAGCAUCACCCAGCACUGGUGAAGGUUUUGUGUUCGGAGCUGGAAAUUGAGCCGGACGCCCUGCUCGACUUUGAACUCUGUCUGGCAGACACUCAGCUGGGGGCAUUGGGAGGUGUGUAUGAAGAGUUUAUUUACUCUCCUCGCCUGGACAACCUCCACAGCUGCUACUGUGCACUGCAGGGCCUGAUUGAAUCCUGCUUGGGAGACUCGCUGAGCCAAGAUCCCAACAUCCGCAUGGUGACGCUCUUCGACAACGAAGAGGUGGGCUCAAGGAGCACUCAGGGGGCGGAGUCCAACUUAACUGAGCUCAUCCUCAGCCGCCUCGCCUCUUCCUCCUCCAACCCCACCGCUUUCCAGCAGGCGGUGCCACUCUCCUUCAUGAUUAGCGCUGACAUGGCUCAUGCUGUGCACCCCAACUACCAGGAAAAGCAUGAGGAGAACCAUCGGCCAGCUUUUCACAAGGGUCCAGUGAUCAAGUUCAACAGCAACCAACGCUACGCCACCACCGCCGUGACUGCCGCCAUCGUCCGAGAGGUUGCCAGCAAGGCCGGCGUUCCUCUUCAGGAUGUGAUGGUCCGUAACGACAGUACAUGCGGAUCCACCAUCGGCCCCAUACUGGCCGCUGGGCUCGGUGUGCCCGUGGUGGACAUUGGUGCGCCCCAGCUCGCCAUGCACUCAAUCCGGGAGAUGUGCUGUACUUCCAGCAUCUUGCAAAGCACCAUCCUUUUUAAGGCUUUCUUUGAGUUGUUUCCCCGUGUGAGGAGCGCGUUGGUGGUCGAUUAGAAACAGGAUGGAAACAACCAACAUGAGGUGGAGUCAAUUCAAAAGAUGAAGGUACUUGUUGAUACAGAAGAGUCACCACUUGCUGCAACCACCUGUAAUUAUAUUUGCAAUAAAAGGCAUUGAAAGACUGAA